AUGAUGGAACGCAUAAACCCCAACGAAACGCCUUACUUCGACCUCGGCUCCCAUGCUCGCAAGGUGACAACCACCUCAAAGGAAGCACAGACAUGGUUCAACCGAGGCCUGGUAUGGGCUUAUUCCUUCAACGUUGGCGAAGCCGGCAAAUGCUUCGAGCAAGCCGCGCAACACGAUCCCAAGUGCGCCAUGGCAUACUGGGGAAUCGCCUACGCCACCGGGCCCAACUACAACAAAGCCUACAGAUUCUUCGACAAGGAGGACCUUUACGCUUCAAUUGAGAAGGCCAACCGCGCUCUGACGCGUGCUUGGGAGCUGCUGCUUGAAGCCACCCCCCGGGCACGCUUUCCACCAUCCGAUCAGAUCCCCGAUGACUUCAGUUCCCAGGACCGCGCAUACGCCGACGCCAUGCGCCCGGUCUACCAGAGGUUCGGGACCGACGCAGACAUCGCAGCCCUUUUCGCCGACGCACUGAUGUGCAUGACGCCGCGCGGGCUCUGGGAUCUCGACACCGGCAAGCCGACCGGCGAACACACCGUCGAAGCGCGGCGCGUCAUCGAGGAGGGCAUGCAGUCCGCCGAGGGCCGUCACCACCCGGCGCUCUGCCACCUGCACAUUCACGUCAUGGAGAUGUCUCCGUACCCUGAGCUGGCGCUCCCCGCGGCCGACCGGCUGCGGUCCCUCGUCCCCGACGCCUCGCACAUGCUGCACAUGCCGACGCACAUCGACGCCGCGGUCGGCGACUAUUGCCGCGCCGUCGACUCCAAUCACCUCGCCACCUUGGCCGACGACAAGUAUUUCAGUCCCCAAAGCCUCUCGUUGCUUCCCGGCGGCUCGCUCACCUACAUCGCCUACCGCGUGCACUACAUCUGCGCCAAGCUGUACGCGGCGAUGAUGUCGGGCCGGUUCGCCGACGCCAUGUCCGCCGCCGAGAAGCUGGAAGCUGUGCUCGAUGACCAGUUGCUGUCCAUCGAGAGUCCGCCGGUGGCGGACUCGGUGGAAAGCUUCGUCGCGAGCAAGGCGCACGUGCUCAUCCGCUUCGGGCGCUGGGAGGAGAUCCUCACUCUUCCCCUCCCGGCGAACCGCGAGCUCUACUGCGCCUCGACCGCGGUCAUUCUCUACGCACGCGGGCUGGCGUUCAGCGCGCUAAGCCGGAUCCACGAAGGGGAGCUCGCGCAAAGGGAGUUCGAAGCGGCGCGCGCUAAGGUCCCGGAGUCCCGGCUGAACAGCAUUCCAUGUAAACAGGUGGAUGUUCUGAGCGUUGCCUCGGCCAUGCUGACGGGGGAGCUGGAAUACCGCAAGGGGAAUCACGAGGUGGCGUUCGCGGCGCUUCGGGAAGCCAUCCGCCGCGAGGAUGCGUUGCCCUACUCCGAUCCGCCGCCGUGGAUGCAGCCCGUGCGCCAUGCCUUGGGCGGUCUGCUGUUGGAGCAGGAUCGGGUGGCAGAGGCCGAGGUCUUGUUCCGCGAGGAUCUAGGGUUUGCCAAGGACUAUCCGCGGCGCAGGGCGAAGCUGAACAACGUGUGGGGGUUGCAUGGGCUGUAUGAGUGCUUUACGCGCCAGGGGAAAACUGACGAGGCGGUGUUUAUCCAGUCGGCGCGGGAUAUUGCCGUCGCGACGGCCGAUGUUUUGGUUAGGGCUUCGUGUUAUUGCCGCGUGUCGGCUGUGGGAGAGAAGCAGUGUUGUAUGUAG